AAUUAAUUAACAUCGAUCCCAACUUCCCACUAACCAAACCAAAACACAAAGCAUUCAAAUAUAUGAAAGCGUGCCGAGUGGUCGUUACUCGGAAGGAAACGGCUGGUGUUUCUGCUGAAAGAAUUCCAGCUCUGGAGAUGGCGAAUAGAGGUAGCGAGGUAAAGUGGGUGGCCUUCAAUUCCCGUGAAGAAGAAGAACAGGACGAAGCAGAAGCCUUGUCGCUCUCUGAUCUUCCGAUUAUGGAAAUCAAGAGAGAAAAGCAUUCAAGUGAGGAAAUUAAAGCUCUUGAAACCGAAGAGGAUUUCGAGUUCGGUUCAUGGGGUGCCUCUCUUUUGACAGAAUCAGAAAUGUGUGCAGCCGACGACGUGUUCUUUCAGGGCCAGAUUUUACCUUUACGACUGUCGGUUAGCUCUGAUAGUGGGUUGACCGGAUUCCGUCAAGAUAGUCGAAAUUUUAGUCGUUGCGGUUCGAGGUCAGAGUCCUUAGAGCAUAGUUCUUCUUGUGGUUUUACCAGCGUAAGCAGCAGAAGCAGCAGUUGCAGAAGCCAUAACUCGUCGAGUAGCAGUUCCGUCAACGCCACCGGAUAUAAGCCAAGAGUGAAGAACCAUUUUCAUACCCACCCUAGUCCAAAACCCCAGUUGUGGUAUUCGAGUGCUACUGCUCGACCGGGGAACGCAGGUAACCGGGACAGGCGAUCGACGAUAUGGGGACUUUUCCGAGUGGGCGUAGUACGGACGCCGGAGAUUGAGUUGGACGACCUCAAGCGACGGAACAGAAACAAGAGUUGUAACAGCAGUAGCAGUCAUAAUACCAGGAAUGGUACCUGUGGUGGCAGAAGCAGUCUUGAUGAGGCCAAAAUAGAGAAGAAAACAACGCAGAAACAAAGUUUUCUCGACAAGAGUGGAUUGAGUAGCUGUAAGUGUUCAGUUAGUGCAGUUGAAACAGUUUCUUCGAGGGUACUUGUUACUAAGAUCAAAAGUAACAAAAGAAAUUCAAACGUGAGUGAAAGUGAUCUUCAUGAAACAUCUCUCGUGAAACAACAACAACAGCAGCAGGAUGAGGGAAAGCAAGCCAUGUCUCACCGUCGCACAUUUGAAUGGUUAAAGGAGCUCUCGAUUACAGAUGUGCCACGGGAAACUCAAUAACAAGUCUCUCUCGUGUUUAUUCCCACUUUUGUAUUUUUAAGUUAUUUUAAUCCAAAUUUAAUUAAAUUUUAUGUUGUUUGUCAUUCGAAAUCCGCUUACUUCAAAAUUUUUGAGGUCUGAGCUCUGUUAUCUAGACAAUCCUCCUUGUGUAGUUGUGCUCGUAUGUUUUAUGAUUUCUCUCUCCUUGAGUC